CUCCCCUCCGACGUUAAAAAAAAAAAGAAAAAGAGAGAGUGAGCGAGCGCAAAAGGAACUGGUUACAACAAACCCUUGGCUCUCUCUCUCUGUGUGUUUUUCUGUGUUUUUUUUUUUAAUUGGCACAUGACAGCGAUGUAUAUAAAGCCCUGACAAGUCCGAUGCCUUUUUGGAAACGGCAGGUACGCCCGAGGAAGGGGGAGAUCCGCGCCUGAAGGAUGCUCCUCUAAGCGAGCGCGGUCGCCCCGGGCGCAGCGGCCAGGUGGAGAAGGCGCGCCGGUUUGGAGACGGGGGGGCACCUUUUGGCGCGCGGCUUUCGCUCCCUUUCUCCCGCUUGGGGGUGGAUGCGCGAGUGACAGCGCGGCCGCGCAGCCCUUCCUCCCCCCUCCUCUUCCUCCUCUGCCUCCCGAGCCAUGCCUCGGUGCCUGCGGGGCUCCUUCGUCCUCUGCCUGGGGGUGGCCCUCCUGCUGCCUUCCCGGCGCGCCGCCUUGGAGACGGAGAUCGUCACCCCCAUCCGCUUGGAUCCGGACCUCGACGGGCGGCCCUACGUGCAACCGGGCUCCGGCUCGCCGCCCCCGCGAGGGGCGAUCUUCCAGAUCAGCGCCUUCCGCGAGGAUUUCUACUUGCACUUGACCCCGGACGCGCGCUUCUUGGCGCCCGCCUUCGCCACGCAGUACCUGGGCGCGGAGGCGAAGCGGGUGGCCGGGCGCGACUUGCGCCACUGCUUCUACUCCGGGGACGUCAACGCGGACCGGGACUCCUUCGCCGCCCUCAGCCUCUGCGGGGGGCUGACGGGGGCUUUCGGCUACCGCGGGGCCGAGUACCUCAUCAGCCCCUUCAAGAACGACAGCGGGAACCGGGCGCUGUGGAGCAACCAAGGCGACCGGCGGCGGCGGCGGGGUGGGCGCGCCAAGCGCUUCGUCUCCAUCCCCAGGUACGUGGAGACGCUGGUGGUGGCCGACGAGUCCAUGGCCAAGUUCCAUGGCGACGACCUUCAGCAUUACCUGCUCACCUUGAUGGCCACGGCGGCCCGGCUUUACCGGCACCCCAGCAUCCAGAACCCCAUCAACCUGGCGGUGGUGAAGUUCCUGGUCAUCGGGCAGGAUGACAAAGGGCCCAAAGUGACCGGAAACGCCGCCCUCACGCUGCGGAAUUUCUGCGUCUGGCAGAAAAAGUGGAACAAGGGCAACGACAAGCACCCCGAAUAUUGGGACACGGCCAUUCUCUUUACCAAGCAGGACUUGUGUGGGGCCACCACCUGUGAUACUUUGGGAAUGGCAGAUGUUGGCACCAUGUGUGACCCCAAGCGAAGCUGCUCAGUCAUUGAAGAUGAUGGCCUUCCUUCGGCUUUUACCACUGCUCAUGAAUUAGGGCACGUAUUCAACAUGCCCCAUGACAAUGUGAAGGUCUGUGAAGAGGUCUUUGGGAGACUGAAGACUAACCACAUGAUGUCACCUACUCUCAUCCAGAUUGACCGCACCAAACCUUGGUCAGCUUGCAGUGCUGCCAUCAUCACUGAUUUCUUGGACAGCGGACAUGGUGACUGCCUCUUGGACCAACCCACCAAGCCCAUUGAGUUGCCGGAAGAGCUUCCUGGCGCCAACUACAACCUCAACCAGCAAUGCGAACUGGCAUUUGGGAUGGGCUCCAAGCCCUGCCCAUACAUGCAAUACUGCACCAAGCUGUGGUGCACGGGGAAGGCGCGAGGCCACAUCAUGUGCCAGACACGGCACUUUCCCUGGGCUGACGGCACCAGCUGCGGAGAAGGCAGGUUCUGCUUGAAGGGGGUCUGUGUUGAGAAGCAUAACAUCAGUAAGUACCGGGUGGAUGGCAACUGGGGGAAGUGGGCACCCUACGGCCAGUGCUCUCGGACCUGCGGCGGAGGCGUCCAGCUGGCGAAGCGGGAAUGCAACAACCCACCCCCCGCCAAUGAAGGGAAGUACUGCGAAGGCAUCCGCGUUAAGUACCGCUCCUGCAGUUUGAACCCGUGCUCUGACACAGUCCCAGGAAAGAGCUUUCGAGAAGAACAGUGUGAGGCUUUCAAUGGCUACAAUCACAGUACCAACCGGCUCACAGCCACCGUCUCUUGGGUACCGAAAUACUCUGGCGUGUCGCCUCGGGACAAGUGCAAGCUCAUCUGUAGAGCCAAUGGGACUGGGUACUUCUACGUCUUGGCCCCAAAGGUUGUGGACGGGACCCCAUGCUCCCCAGACUCCACAUCUCUGUGUGUCCAAGGAAAAUGCAUCAAGGCUGGGUGUGAUGGGAAACUUGGUUCCAAAAAGAAGUUUGACAAAUGUGGAGUGUGUGGAGGAGACAACAAAAGCUGCAAGAAAGUAUCUGGCUUGUUCACCAAACCCAUGCACGGCUACAACUUUGUGGUGCUCAUCCCAGCCGGUGCCUCCAGCAUUGAUAUUCGACAGCGAGGUUACAAGGGCAUGAUCAGUGACGACAACUACCUGGCUGUGAAAAACGGGCAUGGCAAAUACCUCCUGAAUGGGCACUUCAUUGUCUCGGCGGUGGAGCGGGACCUCAUGGUGAAGGGCAGCGUGUUGCGCUACAGUGGCACAGGGACAGCGGUGGAAAGCCUCCACGCCUUCAUGCCCAUCCAGGAGCCCUUGACGGUGGAGGUGCUGUCGGUCGGGAAGAUGACCCCGCCGCGAGUGCGCUACUCGUUCUACCUGCCCAAAGAGAGUAAAGAAGACAAGUCUCUGUACCGGAAAGAUGGGAAGCGCCCGCCGGUCCUCACUAACAGCAUCCUCAGCCUCUCCAACCGCUUGGAUAUGGGCCGGCCGGAUUACAAACGCCCUUCGUACAAAUGGGCCACCACCAGCUGGGAAGACUGUUCCGUCACCUGUGGCAACGGGCUGCAGAAGCGCAUGGUGUUGUGUCGCGACACCCUGGGCCAGCUGGCUUCCUCCUGCGAUGCCACCCAGCGGCCCAGUGACAUCCGGAUAUGCGGGGACCCGUGUCCCUCUUGGGAGGCCUCCUCCUGGUCGCCGUGCUCUAAAACCUGUGGCCGGGGGUUUAAGAGGCGCAUGCUGAAGUGCGCCGGGCGGGGCGGCGUCCUCUUGCCGCGCGACCAGUGCAACCUCCGAAAGAAGCCCCAGGAGCUGGACUUUUGCACCUUGAGACCCUGCUGAGCGGGCUGGACCCGAUUCUGACCAAGGCAAUAAGGUGCAGCGUGUUUUGGCGCUCGGCAGUCGAGUGGUUGAAAGUGUAAAAAAUAAAAAAAAAUUAAAGAAGCCUCCGGGCUGGGGGAGGGAGAGGGAGUUGACUGAGUGGAGGGUGGGGGUCCUGUUACAUAGCGCAUUUCGAGAAACAAAAGGAUUUUAAAUGGGCAGAAAGAGAGAGAGAGAGAAAACGAGUGCCUGGGAGAAGGGGUUGAGUCAUAGGUUCAAACUAUCCCGUUGGUCGGUGGUGGAAGCAGGAUGGAACAACUACCUCGAAGCUGCUAAACCACCCCAAACUCCAUCACAUCUUAGCAGUGCAUCCUGUGGGUGUGAAGAAAAGCAAGACCGAAAAAUUGCCGUCCACAAUGGACCAAAGACAAUGGCGACCGUUGCUUCGGAUUGUGGGCCCUGAUUGUCCUCCAAAAAUAAACAGAGUCUGCCUCCUGCUAUAGGGUGGGUAGGCCACAACGAAUCGCUGUUAGACCAGCAAGAAAAGAUGAAAGGCUUCACAACUGGUGCUUCAUGGUACCGCCAAAGCCUACCAGCAAGUGACUCCCCAGCCCUGACACAUUGCGGGUAUCUUGACACACCUUUGUUUGUUCCAGCUUUUGUGCUUUCUCUGCAGGGCUGACAACCAGUCACUGGUCAGUAGCUGCCUUUCCAGUAACAUUCAUGAACUGGAUUGUGUCAUUCUGUUUCUUAACGGUGCUUGGCCCUGUUUUCUCCGGAGUCUUCCUGCAUCAAAGCAAAGCAUUGCUUCGUUGUCAUUUUCCCUUGGUUCCUUCCAUGAGAACUGUAAAAUACUUUGUGGGAUGAAGGUACUUGCUAUCUUCCAUCACCCCAUGGGAUCUGGAAAGCCCAUUUUCUGCUUCUCUUCUGUUCUGCUUGUCCCUUUCUCUCGUUGCUGAUUCAAAAUCACAUGUCUUCAAAAAUGUGCUGUUUUGUGUGAGUGUUCCCAGGGGUUAUUGUAAGCCAGUGCAAAAUAUCUGUGAAUCUGGACUUCUCUCCAUCUUCAGUAUUAUGGAUGACUGAUGUACAAAGUCUGGACAACUUUGUAUUUGAGUAGGAAAAAUCAGAAGAUUCAAGUUGAUAUUCCCAUAUUGACUCCUUUGCUUUCAGCUGCUUGAAUGUUUUGAGGGGAAAAGAAUAUACCUUUGGGUGUACAUUAUAGGACCAAGUCAGUUCUUAUACUAAGUGUAAGAGAGAAGAUGUUUCUUCCACCAUGCUUUGGUUUUAUUUGUGUGCUUAGUGUGUCUUAAAGUUCUCUGACUUCACUCUUGGUGCUGGAACACGGUGGUUCCUCACAAAGUGUAAUGGGUAAAUUGCAUUGGCAAUUUCCACUAAUCGAUGAGUUACCACUUGCAUUGCUUGGUCAUGUGACUUGGACUCACUACAGUGAGCAGCGACUCAUUAAUUGGCGGAAAUUUGCCUCUGCAAUUUACAGACGUACAUUUACACUCGGAUCAAUCAGCAGUAGGAUUCUCUUCAUCAUGUUUGGCUGUGGAAUAGCUACUGUGAGAGUACGUCCUUUGCCAAAAUUGAAGAGGCAGAAAAUAGCACUUUGAAAACACCUUCCUCAACUGUGGAGGUGGCUAAGACUGGGAGGAUUAAGAAGGGCCAAACCAUAUUGGCCAUAAGAAGCUUUUUUGGCUUCGGUUAGUCACCUCCGGAUAGUUAUACAUAUGGGAUUACUCUUCCCAACUUUGAAGGGCUUUUCUCCUGAGUUGUCUUAAACUAAAAUUUGUGUUUGGCAGCUUCAAAUCAGCGUGGAAUGGUUCCUUCUCAGACGUUGACCACAGCAGGGAGCUUUGACAAUUAUUGGCCACAAAGUUGUUGUCAGAUGCAUCCUUGACACGUCCCUUCUCACAAACACCCUGAUGUUCAGGUUUGCAGAAGAAAGAAACCGUUGAGUCUAAUUUUAGUGGGCUACCAUAAUACAUGGCUGGAUUGUGUUUUCUGAUCAUCCAUGGUGAGUCAAAUGGCGCCCACCUGUCAUAGGUCAUGCAGCAUUUAACCGAACUAAACUAUGAAGAGAUAACCACGGCCAUCAUCUUUCUCCUGAAUAAGUUCUUCUAGGAAGUAACAUUUUCUCUCUGCCACAUGUAGCAAACAGAAGAAUUCUUGUUGUCAAAAUGGUGCUCAUUUUGUGAGUAUUUAAGUCUUUGCUGACUGAACGUAGCAACUUCCCAUUCUUUCCUUAAAUACUAAUGCUGAAAACCGAAUUGUAAAUGAGAGAGAUUCUGAAUGAGUUUUUGCUGGGCCUGAUGUCCUCCUUUGACCUUUAGCACUUAAACCAGUAGAUUCCACCCCAAUUAGCUUUCCUUUCCACAGAUUCCAUAUCAUUGCCUAUUCAACCUGAUACCUUCACAGUUUUCUCCUCACAGCAGGGAUUGUAAAUAGAACACGAGAACAAGGGAGGCCUUUGGGAUUCCACCCAAUCCACUAAAAAUGCUCCGACUUAUUGGGUUGAGUAGGAAGUUUUGAAGUGACAUUUUGUCAUGGUUUGACCAAGACAUUUGAGGGCUGCUCCCAAACUGCUGGAGGUACUGUUCAGAAAAAUAAGGGGUCUGAGGGAAUACCCAGCCUGCUUGAGGUUAAGGACCUAUUGUGCAUUUCCUGUUACUGUGAGGAAGAAAGUUGACGAGGCUCAAUAGCGUCAAUAUUGGUGACCAGUCAGCCUCUCCCCUUGCAACAGAAUGCACUAGAGUAGCUUAGUGGAGUGCAGAGCUGGUCACAAGGCACAUACACCUCUUUUACAUCCUCAGCAUCUGUUGCCUGAAGGGCUACCUCACUCUGCCUCAUGACAGGGCCGGCACUGCUGCUUACUCCAAACCAAAUCUGGGUUUGGUUUGUUUAUGCUUCUUACACAGGCCUUCAUGUCUUCUUCCGACACCAAAUGCACCAAAGAAGUGUGUAUGUCUGUAUUUGCUGUGUAGUGUCAUCACUUAGCUGGGUCAUAGUCGUCUGCUUCAUGUGACUUGCUUUUCUUCUUCUUGGAAAGCAAUGUAAUCUUUUGGCUUUCUAGUGAAUAAUUUGAGGUGAGUAACCCGCUGGCUCCCAAAGCUGGGCCUCUUGUAUUUCUUGGAUCACAACUCCCCAAAAGCCUGAACCAGCAGAGUCCUGAACCAUUUUAGAAUCACUGUUCUAACAGAGAAGGUGGAGUUUCCCCACCAAAUUAUAGCUGACAAAACCAUAGGCAUGAUCCUCCUUUACCACCCUUCCACUGAGAAGCCAUGGAAGUGACCUUGUUCAUUAGAGAGAGGAGAGCAUUGGAUUCAGGUUUUGCAAUUUCAAAUGGGACGUGCCAAUCAAACCUACUUUUAGGGAGCAAGAGAACAACCUUGUUAAGUCCCAUUGAGCAACUAGGUGUUCCUCUCUGAUGCCAAUUUAGGUGCCUUAUGAUGGGUGAGCAAGAUGAUGACUUGCAGGUGCUAUUGGACUUCAGCUCCCACCAGCUUUAGCCGGCAGAACUGAUAGUGAGAGAUGCUAGAAACUGUUCUCCGUUAACAUCCGGAGGACCAUAAUUUGCCAAUCCUAACGUCUCCUUGCAUCACACACCUAUAUUGAGUUUCUGAUGGUGUAACUUUUUGCCUGAUCAUCCAUGGUGAGUCAAAAUUGCUUCUAGGUGACCAGAAAAAGGGAUCUUGGUUCUUUCCGUCAUUACAAAGAAGCAAUGUACUUACAUGCUGGAACACUUUGCCAAAAUACAACAGUGAAUUGUGUCUUCAUUCCAAAGAAUCCAUGGAACACAACAUUGGUGCUGAGGACUCUUAAUUAGAGAUCCUAGCCUUGCAGAACUAUGAUUCCCAGGAUUCCUUAAGAGGAAAGGGAGUGAUCUGCUUUAUUUGUAAUGCAGAUCCAAUUAUAGGAUCUGUGCAGCAAUCUCAAACUGACUCACUUCCUUCCCAUAAAGUCUAUGCUUCCUGGAGGGUUUUCAUUGCGUUCCCUGUCCGACCUAGCAAUGCAUUGGUUGGCUACUGAUUUUUGCAGAGCUCUGUCUAAAAGAUAUUUUAGGAUCGAACCUGUUCAUUCUCUUAAACUGUAGCGCACUGACAUCUUUUUUUUCCUGUUGUGGUGUAUUUGGGAAGGGGGGGAGCUCUUGGUUUGUUUUUGUUUUAAAAGUAUUGUUCUUUUGCAAGGUAUAUGGCAAAAGAAUGGAACUGCCUAUCGUACUGGCUGCUUUGUGUAUACCAUGUAUACUGUAUGGUCUCUGUUGUUGGUGUGUCAGUGGCAAACCUGAAAUAAAAAUGUUAAGUA